UGCGACGCUUUCGCUACGCAGUUCGGGAGCGCGGAUCAGAUGUCGGGCAGGAAGAGGUUAUUUCAGGCUGAAUGUUAAACAUAUGCUUCCAGAGAGAGGUGAAGUACACCUAAGAACAAAGAAUGGGAAGGAGUAAACGCGCUGUUUCGUACGCUGAAGCCCUGACUUUGUCCUCUGAGCUCAGACUUUUGCUUUUCAGCCGUAUGUUCAGGGGCGACUAGCUCCGUUACGCCAAGCCAGCAGUACAGGUUAGCUUAGCUUAGGGAGGCUAACUAGCUAGCGACAUCGCAGCUUUAUUAUUGUGGCCCACAACACACCUCCUGUCUGCUAACCCCGUCUCCACAAGAAGAGAAAAUGGUGUACCUGCUGAACCCUAUAGAGAACCUACGAGGCUACAUCAACAACCGUCCACCUCUGGUCAUUUUUAUGAUCAGCGUGAGCGCGUUGGCCAUCGCCUUCCUGACCAUCGGUUACUUCUUUAAGAUCAAGGAGAUCAAGUCUCCAGAGUUGACAGAGGACUGGAACACCUUCCUGCUGCGCUACAACGAGCUGGACUUCUGCGUGUCGGAGAACGAGACGAUCAAGCACGGCCUGAACGAGUCCACCACUCCGGAGAGCACGGUGGUGACCAGCGGCCAGGCUCGCUCCAGCACCCAGCCUCCCCUCCUGCUGGAGGACUCGGGUCCCAUCAACAUCUCCGUCUCCAUCACCCUCACCUUGGACCCCCAGCGUCCGUUUGGAGGCUACUCUCGCAACAUCACCCACCUGUAUGCCACGGUKCUGGGGCAGCAGGUCGGCCUGUCAGGCCGAGAAGCCCACGAAGAAAUAAACAUCACGUUCACCCUGCCCGUGUCCUGGAACUCGGACGACUGCGUCCUGCACGGACACUGUGAGCAGGUGGUGUUCAGCACCUGCAUGACCAUCACAGCAGCCAGCAAUAUCUUCCCAGUCACAGUGCAGCCGCCGCACUGCGUGCCGGAGACGUACACCAACGCCACGUCCUGGUACAAGCUGUUCACCACGGUCCGAGACUCGGACACCAAGUACAGCCAGGACUACAACCCCUUCUGGUGUUACAAAGGAGCCAUCGGCAAGGUGUACCACGCACUCAACCCUAAACUCACCGUCAUUGUUCCAGAUGACGACCGCUCUCUCAUCAACCUCCACCUGAUGCACACUAGCUACUUCCUGUUUGUCAUGGUCAUCACUAUGUUCUGCUACGCAGUCAUAAAGGGGCGGCCUGGCAAAGUGCGACAAACCAACCCCGACUUUUGCCCAGAGAAGGUACAACAGACACCAGCAGUGCUUUAUGACCUCAACAGGUGGCGUUGUCAGAGGGUUAAAAGGACUUCAGAGAGCUCUGCCAGAGGUUACCUGUAACAUGGACUCAAAGGAAAUGGAGGAAAUAAAAAAAUACAUCCCAGUUGCCUAGUGAACCCUGGACGUACAAUAAGGGACACAAAAUCUCUGUGAAUGCAUUACUCUCGCAAUGUUGGGUUUCUCCAACCAAAGAUAUACAAGUGCCUGUAUUUGUGGUGUAAAUAUUCGUUGGUACUCCUGAGUUUCUGUGUAAAACCUUUUUUGUUUGUUUGUUUUUUGUCUACUUUUAUUAUUUUUUGCCUGAUUGCCCCCCCACGUGCCAUGCCAGAAUGAGUACACAGGCCACAUCCAACAAAUGAUUUAGUUUUUCCAGUCGUUUCUCUGAUGUUUAACGCUGAUUUCUAAUCAGUGUUUACACAUUAAGCCGUUUCAAACCCUACAGUUUGAGCUCAUGAUGGAAAAUUACUAAAAACCCAAGUAGAUGCAGGUGCUUGAGUCACAUUGGUUUAAAUGAUUUGCCUGGUCAGGAACGUUGAUGCUACUUGCAGUUUAUUCAGGCUUUGUGCAAUGAGUUUACUUCUUGAAAUACUCCAUUAUAUUCUGUCUCUAGUGAUGAAAAUGGAGUAUUGAAGUAACGACACGUUAAUGUAGGAGAAAYGAGCCCCGUCGUCUCAGUUCCUCUUCUGUUUGGUGUGUUUGCAUUUUUACAGCUGCCUGAAUCAGCUGCAGACGGUCUCCCUGUGUGGAGACAAGUACAUCUCACCCUGAAAAAAACACCUCGCCUCUUCAGUUUUACCCUCYGCAGCUUCAUCAGUGGUUUCUAGUUUUACCUGAUGUCUUCUUGGCUGCAGAUGGAUGAUAAAAUAUCCUGCCUUACUGAAACUUACUGUCCCGUUUAGCUGCGUUUUAUUCCUUUACAGCCAAAUUUAAGUCUUUACAAAUGCAUUGUUUUUUUUGUCUUAGAUAAACAGCUGCACCGUGUGGUUUGUAGUGACACCUAGUGGCGCAUAUUAUAAACAGCAACCAACCCAAUACCCCCAUCAGAAAUAAAAACCCAGAUCAUUAUCUCUGCCAAUCUAAAUAUUACACUGGAACUUUAAUGCAACUGUCAAGAUUAUAUUUUGUAACUAAGCGUUUUAUUUUAGGCUAGUAGAUUUCAGUUGCACGUCAAGUGUUAGCAUCGUUAGCAUCAGCGCACCUUCAGAUUUAUUGCACUUUUUUUUUUCUUGUCUAAGAUCACAUUUAAACCAUCGACUAGUUGGUCUCCAUGUACAAAAAGUUAAUUACACACUAACUAUUGCUGUCAGUAAAUUAAAGUUAACUGCAGUUAUAAAAGAAAUUGUUUGAUCUCAGAGGAAAAGCUGUGUUUUAGAUAGAUGAAUCCUUUAUGUACUGAUGUGAGUAAAUUGUUUUGGUACCCUUCCACAAUAAUUAAAAAGAAUUAAAUAUCCACAGCUGAUACGAGCGGAUAAAAUCCUCCUGUUUGUCUCAUCAGUUCCAGAAAUGUUGGUUCUUUUUGACGUGUGUUUUGGUGAAUUCCUGUCUGGGUUUAGUUUUUCUGUCGGUACUGGAGCCUCCUGGAUGAUUCAAAACAGGACAAACGUUGCGAUCAGAAACCUUCACCUUGAUUGGUUUUGGAUAAUUUCCUUUUUCUACCAACCCCGUCUGUUUGAUCAGCACGGAGUCGCAUUUUCUCUUGCAUCCACAUUCUGGGAGGUUGGCUACGGUCUCAUAAAUGUGCAUUUUCCGAUUAUCAGCUGUGAUCAGAGGGACAUGUAGCCUUUUGCUAAAACACCUGUGGUAUUAGCUUAGUUUGAAUCCUGUCUUUAAUGUCUCUUUAAGGGAACCAACAAAUCUGUCCAAACUAUUUCAUCUUAUUUUCAUACAAAUAUACAAUUUUGUCCUCACGUACUAAAAGCAUGCAGUUAUACAUCAGACACUUGUUUUUAACUGAAUCUUUUCACGACAAAUGAAGCAAUGAUGUAAGGAUACCAACUAAUUAAUGAGUCUGUAUAUUUGUGAUAAGUUGAAUAAUGUGAGCAUGAACUCGCUGUGUGGAUGAAUGAAUGAAUGGGAUGUUUGUAACCUUGUUCUGAGUGUGUUCUGCAGAACCUUUUGUUCAUGUUUCUCUUGUGUUGAGGUGAAUCUGAUUGUUUAUCCUAAAAUAGGAAAGAAAUCUAGUUUUCCCACGGUUUCAUUGAAGGAGAAGCAGAAGAUGUGUCUGCUCGUUUCGUUAUGGAUGAUUUAUUAUUAUUUUCUCCCAAUGAUAGCUUGUACUUACCUCUGUACUUUAAUUUUGUUCCAUUUUUAAUGUACCCGUUGAAUGUACUUUUUUAUAAACGGCAUAAUCUGAAUCUAAGAUGCAAGAAUUCCAWGUGAUUUAAAGCUAUGAUGUUUGUUUUUAUUGUUUGAAGUUUGAAAGGCUUUACUUGAAUUGUUUUGUGUGGUUUUCACAUUAUAGACGUGUUUCUUUUGUGGUUUAAAAAUACUGAAACUCAUAUCAAAAUCUGCAUUUAUUGAGUUUGUGUGAAAGCUGAUGAAGAAGUGAGGAGUUUGUUUAAUCUGAACAAUUCUAGUAUGCAAGUCUUCCUAAAUCUGACCUGUGUCACAUUUAAACACAAAUCUGUUGCUUUGAUUGUUACUGGUUUUGUUUUAAAAUCUGGCAGCUUUUUUUUUUUUUUUGGUUUUGUUUUAUUUUGGGAGCUUCUGAGUGACUGUCAGGGUGUUUGUGAGUAAAAUGUGCAGUUGAAGCAUGUUAUUUCACCUGCAUAUAUCUGCUUUGUAUCCAUUCUCGUGUAAAUUUUUUUUUUUCGAAUCACCUCAUUAACUGCGAAUUGCCUUAACGCUGUCCUGUUUCAUUUGAUUUUCACAUAUUGUAAAACAAGCAUUGUUAACAGGAACAAACCUAAAGUUUAGUUUCAUCUCAUGUGCGCUACAAGCAGCCACACUUUGCGUGUACAUGUAUAAWAAUGUUUUUUUAAGCAGCUGCUUGAAAUUGUAUUUCACUCCACUAUAUCACCAUUAAGAGCAACGGAGUCAUGUUAAUUUUUUUUUCCUUUUACAUUAGAAAAGGUGUCCAGUAUGAUGCUGCCAUUACACUUUCUUCUCCUUCCUGUCAUGUUAGCAGCGCUUUCACGCAAGUAUUAAGCCAACUCUGUGCCUUCUGCACUGUGGAGCUGCAUCUUCCUGUACAUACCGUAGAUAGGACCGUAGGUUUUAUUGUGGCUAAGGCGUCAUUCAAUUCCCCCUUUUUCUUUCUUCAGUGGAACUGCUGUAAAUGAACUCAAAUUUAAAUAAAUUGUUUCAAAAGUUCAA